AUGACAUCAAAUUGUUUACUUGGUAAACCAGUUGCACUCAAUUUUCAAUUAAAUUUUAUUAAUGAAAAGAAUCUAAAUCAACAAGAACAGAUUCGCGAAAACGCGCAUCAAAUAGUAAUACCACAACAAAAUGACGGUUCAGCGACAUCAAAUAGGAUAGUUACGACAAAAACUUCCGACAUUGCUCAAAUUACAUCCUCCAGUUCUAGCACCGAUUCUUAUUCUUCUCAAUCAACAACAUCAACCACGACGACGCAAAUUCUAGAAUCAAUCACGAAUAAUAUCGCCACUAUAAUUUCCAACGCCAAUGAACAUCAUAAUCACCGGGAAUUCUCACCGCACAGCCAAGAACAAGAGUCUACCGCCGACCAAGAUUCCGCAUCCUCGCAUGAAGAUGCUCUUCAUCCAACAGCGCAAAUACUGCUUCAAGAUCGACGACAUCGUAAUCUUAUCGCGAGUAAAAAAUACCGUGCAAAGAAACAGGCAUUAGAAAAAGCGAUGCAAGAGCAACUGACCAACCUAUCAAAGGAAGCAACGCUAUUGACUAAAGAGAACGAAGCUUUGAAACUUGAGAAUGAAUCAUUAAAAGCAAUAAUCUCGCGGUUGACUGAGCAAUUAGUUGAUCAACGGGUUGCCAUUCGACAACUUGACGUUUCUAACAAUAAUAAUAACAUGGGAAUUAUCACGGAGAACGAGAAGCCAAAAGAUAGUAAACAUAGGUCAAAGAGGAGAAAAGCCGAAUCAAAUGAUCAUGGCAAGAAAAACAAUCCAAUCAGAGUGAGGGAUGAUUUUGAAUCUGAUUAA